AUGUCCAUGACCAAUCUCUCUCUUCAUGGCUUUAUUAACACCCAAACCUCCACAGCCUUGUCCCCUUGCCCCAACUACCACAAACCACAUCCAGAAGCCAUCAAGAUGCCUCUUGGAAACUUUGCCACGAUCCUCCCCUUCCUCUCCCAUUCUUUCACUUUUUCCCCGCCCACCAUGAGAAUCCCUCCUCCUCCUCCUCCUCCUCCUCCUCCUCCUCCAAUGAAGAAAAGGACAGAGGAAAAGAAGCCCACGCUGAGAAUAUGCUUCCCCCUAAAGAUCCAACGAGGAGAGAGCAGUUGGUGGGAAUAUGAAGAGUUUCGAAUCGAGUUCCGGGAUAGGCUCAUGUGGCGGCAAGCAUUUGGACUUGACAAUGGCCACGAUACGCAUCAUCAUCAUCAUCAUCAUACGAGCUCUUCUCUGAGUCCUUCUUCCUGCUUUUCUGGUUUCGAGGGGGGAAGUGGUGAGGAUGAGGUUGGUAGGUUGAAGGUUUUGGCUGCUGCUGCUGCUGCCAACGGGACGUUUUACAAUGAUGUGGAUAGCGAGGACGAAGAUCGGGGCAUGAAGAGUCGUUGGUCGUUUUCUUCGGCUUCGGCUUCGUCUUUGACGUCUUUGGUGGGUACGAAUGGGACUGAUGCUUUUGGUUCGGAAGGGGUGUCGGUUGCUUCGUCGAGUAGACUCAUGUAUCUCAUUCCGCGUCUCUUAUUCUUGACAAAAUCCGAUGACGGCAGCACGAGAGAGAGGUCGUCGUCGUCGUCGGGGCGCUCUUCAGCGAACAAGGUUGGUUCUGGACAGAAGCAGCAGAUAGGGCGUGCACCGCUCAGCCUCGAGUGCAAACGACAGCCGGAGACUCGUGCUGUUCCCGCUCGCCCUCCUCCUCCGCCACCCCUAUUCGGCACCCCUUCUUCUUCUUCUGCCGCUGUUGUUCCUGCUCCUCCUUCCAAAGCAGCAGCGGAGAUCCAGCAACACCGCAACGUUACCCUGCAGAAGCUUGAAGGGAGCUACGUCUACGGCAGAAAGGAGCGCUACCUCUCGACCUUUCGAAGCAUCUUCCGCACACCAAAACCUCCUCCAGCUCCCACAACAGCCCCUAGUCUCCCCAAUAUACCUACUGUUGCACCCCUUCGACUAGACGCACCUAUACAGGAUCCAGGGAGGAGGUGUCGCAUAUCUGGUCAAGAAUGGGCUAAUCUGCGAGACGAUAUAGUUCGUGGUCUAUCUGCUGAUGCGGAGGCCUUGUUCCCCUUCUUUACGGAUGACCAGAGGGCUGCGUUUCUGCGUGUCGAGCAGAAGGAGGAGGGCAAUUUCAAGGUGGAAUAUGGGGAGGGCGUUACGGUAGGUGGCGUUGGUGGUGUGAAGGAGGCGUUGGAGAGGAUCGAGAGGAGGAAUUGGGAGGAUGAUGUCUUGUUUGUUGAGUUUGAGGACACGCCGAGGACGAUGAGGUGGUGGUAUACGACGAGGGAGCCGCAGGUGUUUGAAUGGGGGGCGGAAUUUGGUUUAUCGUGCUUCUUUUUGACUGUAUCGAAGGUGUCAGGAGGUGAAGUAGGAUCAUCCAAUCCGCCUGUGGGAUCGGUCAUGGAGAUCUGGUUGUCUCUCGUUGAUGCUCGUGGCCGGCAGAGGACGGGAGCGCGCCUUCUGCUUCUCGGCUCUGGCCUUGGCUUCGGAGUCCUUCAUCGUCAUGCAACGUUCCGUCUCCCUCUUGUGUUGUAUCAUUCACUACGCAUUGCUGGAUCUCUGCUGAUGAAGCUGCAAGAUACGCGAGUGCCCGACUGCUUGGGUGGAACAUGCGUGGCGAGGAUGCAGAUUUUCUCUCAUUCUUUGCUCCCGUUAUAUAUUGUGAGUGACUGGGCCGGGUAUUCCGCAUUUAACGGAGAGACCAUCGCUUCUCAUACUUCCUUUGCUGGAUGCAUUGUCAUUCCGUAG